AUUGUGUAAACAAACAAGCAAAAAGCCCGCAAAAGCACUGUUUUACUUUCCAGAAGAGAACAAAACGGGCAUCGCACCUACCCGUAUUAUUGAAGAAGAUGGCGCAUUUACUGAAGGUAGACUUGUAACAGUCAAUUGGGCAGGAGAUAGAGUGCCAACUGAAAUAUUAGCUGUAAGCGGUGAGUAGGUUUGUCUUCUCUCUUUGGGUAUGACGAACAGCGGAACAUUUUAUAUCACACGAAUAGCUAACACUUAAAAACGUGAGUCCUUCCAAAUUGACACAGUUUCAAGCUGAUAAUCAACUUUAGUUAGUACCUCUCUUGCCUGCCGACGCAGCGCCACAGUUUCUUUAGAAAAUAAUAAUUUAUGAUAUAUUAGGUUAGGCUGCCAUCACCUACUUUCCUUUAUACUUACUAACAGUUUUCCAUUAUUUUUAGAUGACGAAGAAACAUUGAAUCAGAAAGAUUUGGAAUGGAUGAAGAAAAACCUGCCACCAGAGAAACCGUGUGAAGAGACCCAGUUUAAGAACCAGAAGAAGACAGUCGGCAGAAAACAAAAGAGAAGCCAUAAAAGAAGCCGUGAAAGAGAGAAUGAGAGCAGGCAACAGAAGAAGAGAAGCAAAAAGGUCAACCUUCCACGAGUUGAACAACCAACGAGUCCAGACGCGGCCGCCACUCGUCGGCCAGUUCAACAAGACAUUCAACAGUCGCGGCCUCUAUACCAAUCUUCCCCACUACCUGAGUAUUGCUGUAACUUCCGUUCAGACGUGUUUGGUGACGAUUUACAGGAGCCGAGUACAGUGGUCGCUAAGCUUGAUCAAAUACUACGCAAUCAGAAAGUUAUGAUCUCUACAAUGUCUCAAUUUCUAGUUUGGACAAGAGCACUGAGAGCAAGUAAAGAGAAAAUGUAACGUGUAAGGGGAGGGGAGGGUUGGCUCAAACGUCUACAACAUAAUUUUUAUUCAGUUAUUCAUUAGGAUGUAGUUAAACCUUGUAAAUGAUAAGGAUAAUAUAUAUUGUAAGAAGUGCUUUGCUUUUAGAAAUAAAAGCUGUUGUGGUAAAGUUUAUAAUGUACUGGUAUGGUGUCUUUAGGUGUAAUACAUCACCUACAGUGGAGCUCAGUUAAUACGGACAUAAAUUUAUAA